AUGCGCAACGUCGAGUACAAACAGCGCAUCGCUAAGUACUAUGACUCCCGAGUCAAACCCCGGGCUUUCAAGGUGGGGGACUGGGUCAUGCACAAGAUUUCUUUGGCCACCAAGAAUCCUACUGAAGGUACCUUGGGCCCAACAUGGAAAGGUCCUUAUGAGGUUACCAAAGUCUACCGCCCCGGCACUUAUCAGCUUCGUGAUACCAAGGGCAAGACCUUGCCUCAUCCUUGGAAUGUUGAUCACCUCAAGUACUACUAUAAGUAA